AUGAAUUUUCGCACAAGUCGCAAGCACCACACCACAGCGGAGGAAGCGCGAAGUCUCAUGGAAGGGUACCUCCGCUUCCGCAAGAAGUGCAAGGAGUGGCAGGAUGGACAUGACGUCCUUCUCCGAAAGCUCUCGUCCUUCCACGGUCAACUCGAUUCCAUGCGUGGGAAGCUCUCUGUCAACGACAGUGCUGUUCUCAAUCGCCCCAUGGACCCAUUCUCCGUCGAGGAGCUGUUUGCGUCCAUCCAAGAGAUGCCUGCAAAACUGGAAGCGAUUCUUCUUGACAUGUAUGCCAUUUAUCAAGAAACGAAGAGAUCCCAAGCAGAUAGAAUGGACGGGAACGCUCCUCUGUGCUCCCGACGCGACUACAUUGGAUUCAUCGGUGUCGAAAUCGACAUGUACGAAGCCGAGUUCCAACACAUUGAAACGGCGGUGAACUCGCUCCACUUCGAUACCCCGAGCAACGUGUGGAACACGUACAUCACGUCGCUGUCAACGCAACCCUUUCUCGACAUGGACGUCCUUUCCGAGAUCACCGAGAAACACAAUUUUUCGUAUCAGCACCGCUUGAACCAACUGCCAGGAUAAUCCAUAUUUAUGUCAUUACCACGUGUUGGGGA